GAUCAAGAUGGCGGACGAGAAGCAUCGAAUAUGUAUGGUGUCAGAUUUCUUCUACCCGAACAUGGGAGGAGUUGAGAGUCAUAUUUAUCAACUUGCACAGUGUCUAAUACAGCGAAAACACAAGGUCAUAAUAGUAACCCAUGGCUAUGGAGGGAGAAAGGGAGUUAGAUAUUUAACUAACUAUCUUAAGGUUUAUUACAUCCCAAUGGGAAUAUUCCAUAACCAGUGUGUCCUACCAACACUAUACACAGACAUGCCAAUCCUUAGAUACAUCUUCAUCAGAGAACGUAUAACAUUGGUUCAUGGCCACUCUGCUUUUUCAACACUGUGCCAUGAUGCUCUAUUGCAUGCUCGUACAAUGGGAAUAAAGUGUGUUUUUACUGACCAUUCCCUCUUUGGUUUUGCUGAUGCAAGUUCCAUUAUAACCAAUAAAUUUCUUCAGUUUUCCUUGGCUGACAUUGAUCAUGUAAUAUGUGUUUCACACACAAGUAAGGAAAACACAGUGCUGCGUGCAUCUACUCAGUCCUGCAUGAAUCCAUACAUCGUUUCUGUCAUUCCUAAUGCUGUUAAUGCGUCAGUAUUCACCCCUGACCCUUCUAGAAGAAGCAACAAUCAAAUUAUCAUAGUAGUGGUGAGUCGGCUGGUGUACAGAAAAGGGAUGGACUUGUUAGCAAGUUUAAUACCAUUAAUCUGCAGCAAGUACAAUGAUGUCAACUUUAUUAUAGGUGGAGAUGGACCAAAGAGAGUGCUUCUUGAAGAGACAAGGGAACAGUAUCAAUUAGACAACAGAGUCGAGUUACUGGGCACAUUAGAACACGACAAAGUUAGAGAUGUUCUGGUGCAGGGACAUAUCUUUCUUAACACCUCAUUGACAGAGGCCUUUUGUAUGGCCAUCGUCGAGGCUGCUUGCUGUGGCCUUCUAGUUGUAAGUACACAAGUUGGUGGUGUUCCAGAAGUCUUGCCAUCUGAUAUGAUUAGACUUGCACAACCUAGUGUUAAAGCACUAGAAGAAGCAUUAGACGACGCUAUCUUAGCUGUUAGGACAGGAAAAGUGCUGAAUGCAGAGGUCUUGCAUGAAAGAAUCAAAUCUAUGUACACUUGGAUGAACGUCUGCAAAAGAACUGAAACAGUGUAUGAUACAGUAUCCAAGUUACCAAGUGUGCCCUUUAACGUUAGACUUCAAAGGUUGUACGAGUGUGGAAGUGUUGCAGGCAAGAUUUUCUGCGUCCUUGCUGUUAUUGAUUUGAUUCUUCUCCUUAUCGUUGAAUAUUUAGUCCCCAAAGAAAAUAUAGAUAUUUCGCCGGAAUACAGUUUAUCAACGCGUCUCACAAGAAGAGCUUUGAGACAUGACAAAAACAAGAUAUCGACAAAUAAAAGAAUAAAAAAAUAAUCAAAUGAAUGGGUAUGUAUUUUUAACAACUAUUCACAGAAGGCGAACUGAAUGUCGGUGCAAUAUUUACUGAGACUCGAGUCUUCGAGUGUAUCGCUUCGAGACAAUUCUACGAGUGAAUAUGUACUCACGAGGCGUAGCCGACAUGAUUUCUUCUCGGUCCUGACAUUAUUUAUGAGUACAUAAUAUUUUAAAGCUGACAAUGAGAACUGGACGGGAUUUCAAAGUAGCAGUUCGAGAGUAGCAUUUUAUAUUAUAUAAGUAGAAUUGAAUGAAUAAAAUAAUAAUACGUGCUCUUUAAUGGCAAAAGAAACAACAACGAAAAAACGACGAAAAACAAGAAGGGAAAAGCAAAAACAAAACGACGUGUGCGUUCAAUUUGACGAUGUUCAUCAUAGCUUUGAAAAGAAACUAGGGCUUUAGGUACUUAUUUGUGCGCGGGGACUUGGAAAUGCUGGCCCCUUUUGGGAGACAUAAGGUAGUCACAUGCAGUACCAUAUAUAGAAAACGAGAAUUUUAAAGUGCAUAUCAGGGUUCGCUGUUUUUUGUUUAAUAUGAUAGUUUUAACCCUUAAGAUCAUAUAAUCACUAAAAAUUAUUUGAUUGUGUUGCGAUUUUAUUAUUAUUUUUUCGAUCAAAGUUCCCAAAAAACAGCAAAAUGCCGAGCGACGUGGAGGCCUGGGACUAGUCGGCCGUGGCGUCAUUUACGGGACUCGUGUGUUGAAAGCACUUGAGAAGGAUAAGAAAACAAAUUGCAUCGCUUGAAUACUGUAGUUGUAUAAACCUUUUAUUCCACGUCAAUUCUUUCUGAUUAUAGUAGUGAAUACUCUGAAAGUUGCAACUAUUCUGAUUUUAAUGAAGAAAG